UCGUCUUACAGGUUAUUGUUAUCUCUGGAGAAACAGGUUGUGGCAAGACCACACAAAUUCCGCAGUUUAUAUUAGAAUCCGAGAUUGAAGCAAACCGUGGAGCUUUUUGCAGUAUCAUAUGUACUCAGCCAAGGAGAAUAUCUGCUAUGUCUGUAUCGGAGAGGGUUGCUUACGAGAGAGGAGAGCAGUUGGGUGAAUCCGUUGGAUAUAAAGUUCGAUUGGAAGGUGUUAGAGGAAGAGAUACCCGCCUACUCUUCUGUACCACAGGCAUUUUGUUGAGACGGUUGUUGGUAGAUAGAAAUUUAAGAGGUGUUACUCAUGUUAUCGUGGAUGAAAUUCAUGAGCGUGGAAUGAAUGAAGAUUUCCUUCUUAUCAUUCUUAAGGAGCUGCUAUCUCGUCGCCCAGAGCUUAAGCUGGUUCUGAUGAGUGCAACUUUAGAUGCUGAGCUUUUUUCGUCAUACUUUGGUGGGGCAGGUGUCAUUCACAUCCCAGGAUUUACAUAUCCAGUCCGCAGCCAUUUCCUAGAGGAUAUUCUGGAGAUGACCAGGUAUAGAAUGACUCCAUACAAUCAAAUUGAUGAUUAUGGUCAAGAAAGAAUGUGGAAGAUGAACAAACAGAUCCCAAAAAAACGCAAGAGCCAAAUUGCCUUUGUCGUUGAGGACGCACUGAGAGCUGCUGACUUCAAGGAGUUUAGCCCUGAGACUCAAGAGUCUUUAUCUUGUUGGAAUCCUGAUUGCAUUGGUUUUAAUCUCAUAGAAUUUCUCCUUUGCGAUAUAUGUGAGAAUGAGGGUCCUGGUGGUAUUUUAGUUUUUAUGACUGGGUGGGAUGAUAUCAGCGCUCUGAAAGAAAAACUGCAGAUUCAUCCAAUCUUUGGCAACCCAGAUCGGGUUAUGUUGCUUGCCUGCCAUGGUUCUAUGGCAAGUUUUGAGCAGAGGUUAAUAUUUGAAGAACCUGCAAGUGGAGUAAGAAAGAUAAUUCUGGCCACCAAUAUCGCAGAAACGAGCAUCACGAUUAAUGAUGUUGCUUUUGUCAUCGACUGUGGAAAGGCAAAAGAGACCUCCUAUGAUGCAUUAAACAAUACUCCCUGUUUGCUUCCUUCUUGGAUUUCCAAGGUUUCAGCUCAGCAGCGAAGAGGACGAGCCGGUCGUGUUCGACCUGGGCAGUGUUAUCAUCUUUACCCAAAGUGUGUAUAUGAAGCUUUUACAGAAUAUCAGUUGCCUGAAAUUUUGAGGACGCCUUUACAGUCACUGUGUCUGCAAAUCAAAAGCUUAAAUCUCGGGAGCAUAUCCGAGUUCUUGUCAAGGGCGCUGCAAUCUCCCGAAUCACUAGCGGUUCAAAAGGCCAUAGAAUAUCUGAAGAUAAUAGGCGCAUUAGAUGAGAAUGAAUACCUCACAACUCUAGGUCGUUAUUUGUCCAAGCUUCCCAUGGAGCCAAAGCUUGGAAAAAUGCUCAUACUAGGAGCUAUUCUUGGUUGCCUUGAUCCCAUAUUGACUGUUGUCGCUGGCCUGAGUGUAAGAGAUCCUUUCUUGACACCUCAGGACAAGAAAGAUCUCGCAGAAGCUGCAAAAUUCCAGUUUUCACGGGAUCACAGUGAUCAUCUUGCACUUGUUCGGGCAUAUGAGGGGUGGAGAAACGCUGAGGAAGAGUCUGCUGUAUAUGAUUACUGCUGGAAAAACUUUCUGUCAAUACAGUCGCUGAGAGCUAUUGAUUCUCUCCGAAAAGAGUUCUUCUCAUUACUUAAGGAUACUGGACUCAUAGAUGGAAACAAAUCGAUCUGCAAUUCAGAGGGGAAUGAUGCGAAUCUUACCAGAGCCGUUAUUUGUUAUGGCAUGUAUCCAGGAAUCUGCUCAGUUGUGCAUAAUGAGAGAUCAAUUUCCCUGAAGACGAUGGAGGAUGGCCAAGUUCUUCUUUAUUCAAAUUCUGUAAAUGCACGGGAAACAAAAAUACCAUAUCCGUGGUUGGUGUUCAACGAGAAGAUAAAAGUGAACUCUGUUUUCUUGAGGGAUUCGACAGCUGUCUCUGACUCUACUCUUAUCCUCUUUGGCGGUAGCAUCUCCAAAGGAGACAUUGAUGGCCACCUGAAAAUGUUGGGAGGAUACUUGGAGUUUUUCAUGAAACCUGCUGUUGCAGAGAUAUGCCAAAUCUUGAAGAAAGAGCUUGACGAUCUGAUACAGAACAAACUACUUAAUCCUAAAAUGGACAUGCAAGCACACCGUGAACUCUUAUCAGCUAUACGGUUGUUAGUCUCUGGGGAUGGAUGUGAUGGGAGAUUUGUGUUUGGUCGCCAAGUACGUAGGCCUUUAGAAACAUCGGCUUUGUCAACAAAACCGACAUUGCUUUCAAGGACCGAAAGUGGGCCGGGGGGUGACAAUUCCAAGAGUCAGCUCCAGACAGUACUCACUAGGGCUGGUUAUGCAGCACCAAUUUAUAAGACUAAGCAAUUGAUGAACAACAAGUUCCAAACAACAGUAGAAUUUAAUGAGACACAGAUCAUAGGACAACCUUGCAGCAACAAGAAGAGUGCUGAGAAAGAUGCGGCAGCUGAGGCUAUUCAAUGGCUGAGGGGCGGGGCUAAGGAAAGUCAUGAGCAGGUGAACCAUAUGUCAAAGCUGCUGAAGAAAAGCAAGAAGGAUCACCUCUGAUUGCUUCUCAGAGCCUGAGACCAUUUGCCUUGUCGAAGGCUAGAAGGCGAAAUGAAAAAGCCGUUUCUAUGGAGUCCAUAAUUUUUCUGGGCCAGCCUGGAAGCACAAGUGAGAAGAAAGAGAAUAGACUCGGAGCAAUUCUGUGUAAUCAAACCGGGUGGAAGGGAGAUAAAUACUAUAAUGACAGUAAGGGUGGAGCUGGGGAGCAAACUUCGUUGGUGCAACAACAGAAAGGGAGAGAGAUAGAGUUGAUCUGGAUAUUGUGAAUUAAGAUGUUCAAUUUGUAUGGGUUUUAAUUGUUAGCAUGAGGUGUAAUUGUAUGAGUAGAAGGGUUUAAUGAUGAGAUCGAAUGGGUUUGGGUGUAUGUAUUAGAGAAAGUUGCCUACUUGAAGUCUUGUUUGUGUAAAGAUUGGUAAUCAGAAACUGAGCAAGUAUUGUUUUGA